CUCGGGUACACGCGGCAGAUCGCACUUGCCUUGGGUUUCUCUCUUUGCGCCAGUUUGAUUCGUGCGUGCGCCAAGUAGUGGGCUCCCGUCGUCAUCGCCAGCGUUUCUUCGGAUAUCUUGUCAAGCACGUGUCCUCGUUGAUCAGCCACCGUUUAGACCAGCGGGUCAUUCUCCACUCUUCCACGCAACAGCCCAAACGAGGGUCAAGGAUUUCGCCUAUACGCGGCAUCAACCUGACGACGCACCGCGGAGACCAAGAGUGGUGGGAGGUGGAAAAAGAAAAACAAACAAACCACAAGUAUCUCGUCAUCAUAGCAAGUACAUAUAUAUUAUGUACAGCACAACGACAGUGUAGUAGCGGCAGUGGAGGCCGAUCGGUUGAACGUCGCAAUAUAUACAGCUCCGAAUGUUUGGGGGACGUUUAAUUGAAGGAGCCGCUGGAGCCCGCGAUAAGUGAAUUUACGAAAAAGGGGCGCGGAUGCUGCAUACCGUCGUCUCAUCCGAGUGAAGGACGAGGUGGGGGCUCGCAGCAUCUCUCCGAAGGGAGAUCGAUCUGUAUCCUCGCUCUCGCGCCCAUACAUAUAGGCCUGUCGGAUAAAGCAUCGGAGCACUGCGCAGGACCGCCAUCUCUCUCUAACUUUACGUGCAACAGUGCAUGUGUGUAUAUAUAUGUAUAAAUAUACGCGUGUACGACAGUGUUGUUCUCGUAUCUCGUAGAGCAGUAGCCGAACACCCAGUGCGCACGGCUUCGCGCCGAUAUUUCCCGGGGAAUAUCAGGAAGCUUUCUGGGGGUCGGGUGGCUUUCCGCGCGCGCGCUGUCUUUGGGCUUUUGCUCAGUCAGUCACUCGGUCGGUUGGUCGACUAUUCCUCAGCUCGCAGGCGUUGCCGCGUUAAGCUGGAACUAUUGCCGUCGUUCGUACAGAUAUACUUGCCCACUGAAGAGGGAGAGAGAGAGAGAGAGAGAGAGAGCAUCACGAGGUGCUGCGAUACACAGCCUGUCAGAGGAAUAAAAAAGAAACGAAGUAAACAGCGAAAGGGUUCUUCUGUGUGCACCGUGGGCUGGGACAACAGGUUAUCGCGAGGAAAUCGUUUGCGUGGUGGUAGAGGACGAGUUUAGAGAGGAAAAAAAAACAAACAAACAGACAAACCAAAGAAGGUACCUGAGGAUACUGCGGUCCAGAGAUGAGUAUCGAGGACGUGCUGAAUUACAAGCCGAGCGCGGACGAGGAUUACUACGCGCUCCUUGGCUGCGACGAGUCCUCAUCGGUUGAACAAAUCACAGCCGAGUACAAAGCUUUGGCUCUACAGUAUCAUCCUGACAAAAAUGAGGGCAACAAGGACGCAGAGGCAAAGUUUCAAUUACUAAAGCAUGCCAAGGAAACGCUGUGCGACCCUGAAAAGAGAAGCAACUACGACAAGUGGCGGCACAGCGGCGUCUCGGUCAGCUACAAACAGUGGCUCGGCAUGAAGGAUAGCGCAAAGACGAUGCACUGGAGUACACCGAAGACAAAGGACCGCAUGCUGCCCGACAGCGAAGGCAGUGGCCCAACCACCGCCGCAGCAUCGGCAGCAGGUUCAGCCCUGGGCCGUACCAAGAUGCAAGCGGCCAACGCGAACCGGCGGGCCAGUGAGGGUGGCGCCAACAUCCAUUACGGGGCCAGGCGCGACCUCAACUGGGACAACCAGCCGCCCAGCGAGAUAGUCAACAAGUUCCGCAACUACGAGGUUUAAACAGUCCACCCUCCCCCACCCACCCCCUUCUACUCUCCCUCGCACCCCACUCUCUGUCCAGAUUCUCUUCACCUGAUAUCAUUAUUAUUGUUAUACCUCGCCUUCGAGAAGAGAUGCCUUCCCACUUGUCACUUCUCCGCCUUCACUCGUCCCGGUGUGCACUAUAAUGUCAUAAUAAUACCUUUUGCCCAUCAGUCGAGGGACAGAGCCCGUACCCACGUGGACGGCUCUCGAUGCUUACACGCCCUCGUUGUCCCUCUCGGAUACGACGGCGCCCGAUGGAUGGCUGUAUGGUCAUCCUUGUGUACGCGUUCGGGAUUUUAUCGUUCCACAGUUUUAGAUCGACUGCGACAAUUUCGCAUAGGAGCGGAUGGAGGACGACGCGCUAUUCGGCAAAUGGUAUAUUAUAUACAUAGGUUGCGCUCGAAAGUGGGACGCGCACACGUAGGUAUAACGUAUACGCUGCGACAAGCCGCGAAGUGAUUUCGCUGAAGCAAGCCCGAGAUUUUCGGAGGCUGCCGGUUUUCCUCCUCUGCUGUUUAACCGUGGUAUUUGCAAAAAAAAAAAAAAAAAAAAAAAAGAUAUUGAAAUCAAAAUAAAUAUGUAUAAAAAAUUAAUAAAUGAAUACACCUGAAAUUGUGUACAAGCCGUCGACAUAGUAUAUACAUUAUUAUAUAAGUCCGUAAUUCGUCAGCGUGCAAUUUGUCUUCCUCGAGCUGCUGGCGAAUCGCGACGUUAAUCGUGUCUGUUUGGCGAUGUAUUGCACGUGCAGGGGGAGAAAGGGCUUAUCCGUAUAAUUUUUGCUUGGUCUGUAAAUGUGAUAUUAUUUCCCGUGAUCUAGUGAUCGUGUUUUUUUUUUUUUUUUUUUUUUUUCAAUAAAGCACGCUUGAUAUUAAACGCUCAACUGAUGUGACCGACGUUUUUCGCAAAGAAAAGUUUUUUGGGGCAAAAGUUCAGUCAAACAUACCUAGUACAUUCGAUGCUUAAAAACAAAUUAGGGCGUUGGUAGUUUCUCGAAUACUUUGCCAUGUAGUUUGAUGAAAAAGAAUAGGUUGCGUUAAUUUGGCACAGGGAGUAAACAAUCACGGAAUAUCACGCCCGUGUGACUAUGUUAUUUGAAAGACAUGUGUAUGGAAAACGGGAAAGUAAAUAAAUGUACUUCAUGCUAUAACACAGGCAAAUUUAUUUUUUUUAAGUAGCGGAAAUUAAAAAUCAAAUAUGAUUUGUCCGUUUUAUUCUAAUUAUAUUGUGUCUUUAGCGAUAGUAAAAAAAAUUUUUUCGGUAUGAAUGAGAAACUAGUACAUUUAUUCAGUAAUUGCAAUAAAAAAUAGAUGUUAUACUGAUUGUGAAUUGUAGAAGAUAUAGUACAAUUAUCAUUUUCGACCAAACUUUUGCCUUGAGUGACUUUGUACUUAAUAUUUUUCUACUUUUAUUUCAUGGUAUACUUUUUUUACUAUAUAAUUAUUUAAAUGUAUCAAAAUUUCCUUUUGAUUUAAUUGUUGAAAUUAAUUCUUUAUGGCAAAUGAAUACUGCAAUAAAAUAGGUAUUUUACCAUACGUACUUAUAUUAUUAAUAAUUUAUAAUUUGAAGUUAAUUAAGAGUUAAAUCAACAUUAUUUAAAGCAGAGAUCUAAUUUUUAAAGUAAAAUAUUUAUGUAAUAAAAAAUUUAACGUAUAAAGAAAAAUAUUGUCGCUAUACUAAGACCGUUUAUUGUCGUUAAAAAAAUAACUUAUGAUACAAACAGGUAUCUUAGGAUGUACUUUUACAUUGUGAAGAAAAAAAAAUGGAACUGUAUUUUCCACUCGCUAUUUAUCUGACAACCUACGAUCCUUCAAGAUAUUUAGUGUUGAAAACUGUCAUGCUCAAAAAAUAUUGUGAUGUCCUUUUGUGAUUACAAAAUACCGAAUUUUUUUCGAUUUGCGAAAUGAAUUUCCAUAUAAGACUUGAAACAAAUGGGAACCAAUCAAAAUAAAUUAUUCAGUUUUAAUAUAAAAUAUAUAUUUGUGCUAAUAUUGAAUAAAAAUAUUAUUUUGGGUAAAUAUAUUCUUUAUACUUAUAAUCUUGCACGAAAACUGAAUAUUUAAAAAAAGGAUGAGUGUCAAUUAUCCAUAUCAAAAGAGGAAAUCAAAAAAUCAAUACAUUAAAGUUGGUUAAUUUUGAAAGUGGAUUGAUAAAUAGUUUUCAUUAUUUUUCAAAUGCAGACGUAUUAUGUAACAGUU